GUCACAUGACAAUGUUUUGUUUUUCGCUUCCUCCUCUCCGUCUUCCUGCGUCGUCGCACCGACAACCACCCCAACCGUCAGAGGACAUAGAGUAGACUCUAUAAGUGACUAUUUUGCCGUCCCUCCACCAAGACUCUACGCAGAGUUAAGGACUCCCCACCCCGGGCACAGACCGGUCCAGAGGCUCGGGGAACCGAGUAGCAUGGCGGACGGAGAACGGUCACCGCUGUUAUCCGAACGACAGGACGGCGCUAACGGCUUUUCGCCCGGUGGCAACUCGUACGGCCGUCUGGUAAAACCGCAGGGUUUUGCUCCUUUCCCCAGUUCCUCAGUGCCGGGGGAGCCUCCUCCCCCGUACUCCCCUCAGGGCAGCCCAGACAGCAGCAGCGCCCCAGUCAUCAGCUGCAGGGUUUGCCAGAGCACCAUAUCAGUAGAGGGCAAGACACACCAGCACGUGGUCAAGUGUGGCAUCUGCAACGAAGCCACGCCAAUCAAAAAUGCCCCUGUUGGCAAGAAGUAUGUGCGCUGUCCAUGUAACUGUCUGCUCAUCUGCAAGGUCACAUCGCAGAGGAUCGCCUGUCCUCGACCAUACUGUAAACGCAUUAUCAACCUGGGCCCAGUGCACAUUGGGAGAGACAGUCCUGAACCCCAACACCAACCUGUUGGAAUCAGGGUCAUCUGUGGACACUGCUCAAAUACAUUCCUGUGGACAGAGUUUUCAGACAGAACCCUGGCCAGGUGUCCACACUGCCGCAAAGUCUCUUCUAUUGGUCAACGUUACCCCAGGAGGAGGAGCCUGCUGUGCCUCCUGCUCUUCGUGGUCUUCACUGCCUCCGUUGCAGGACUCGUGGCCGGCACGUGGAAGCCUGCCCAGGAGUCUAAAGGGAUCUAUGUGUCCUGGGUGUUGAUGAUCCUACUGGCUCUCUUCACCAUGGCCAGAACCAUCUACUGGAGGUGUUUGAAAAUUAGUGACCCCAUAUCUAAUAUCACAUAGAGAGGGAGCCAGAAGAACAAAUGGGGAGGGGGGUUGAUGGAGGAGGAAAAAGGGAUUGCAAAGAGAGAGGAACUAAACUGGUGGACCAAAGGCAGUUGGAGACAGAGAGAGAGAGACCAAAGGUGAACAGGUGUAGGUGUAUGAGAAAUCUACUGCAUCACAGAGAAAGGGGAAUUGACAGAGGGAGAGAUGUAAAGAUAGGUUGAGCUGUGCUCUGGAAUUGUAAAUUAAACCCCCCCCCCCAUACCUAACCUUUUAAAUAUGGAAAGGUACAGAGGGAUGAGUGGGCAGAUGUGUCGGGGGGAUAGAGAGAGGAAGAAAGUGGUAGAGGGAGGGAUAGAUGGAGUAAGAGAGGUGCGUGUGUGUAUCUGUCAAAUUGCAUCUCUAAGGACAAGCAGGUUUUAAGAAAGAAAGAAGGGAGGAAAAAAACAAGCGCUCUUGAAUUGAAAUGCAGCUGGGACAUCUGACGUCACUCUUCCUCAGUGUGAAUCGGCUCUUGGUUUUCCCCUCUCCUUGUGUUUGCAUCACUGGGGCUCCACUUAAAAAGUUUCAUUCCAAAAUGACAAAUGUGCCAUUGGAGAAAAACCAAUGCCUAACGCGACUACUUUCAAAAUGAUGUGACGUCACACAGUUUAAACAAAGAAUGCUGCUUUGUUAUGGUGAGCAGGUAUCCCGAACCCUUACUUGAGAAACAGCUCCGUUUAUUGGCUUGAUUUCAUGUUUUGUGGCAAUACUGAAUGCUGAAAUUCUGGUGAUGGGUUUUAUUUCUUGUUUUCAACAAAAUUAAUAUGAGGCAUUUGGGGCAUGAAGUCUUAGGUUACCAUUUGAAACACAGAUUCAGCUCAUUUUCUGUUAUGGAUCUUUGAUCAUACCUGAAAUGUUAGCUCACCCAGAGUUGCCGUAGACUUCCUGAGAGUUGGAUGACAGCAAGAAGCCGUUCAUUGGGGAGGCUCUUUGUAAUGGACAAAGCUGCUUUAAAAAAGUAGGUGUCUGUAUUUUGCCAAGAGCUGGUGAGACCAGAGGUUUAUGCAAGGCAUCAAUGAGAUGGAAGUGCAUUAUGAGCUGUUGAACGUGUGGCUAAAUAAGCAUUUAAACAAACUUGCCUUGUAUCCCUUUGCCGAUACCUCAUCAGCAGGUUAUCAGUGACUUCUUACCAACAGACCAAGUGUCAAAACAUGCACAAAAUAAUGUCCCCACUUGUCUUGGUAAUCACAUGAAUCACACAGCACACAUCUAUUAUCUAUACUGUGUGUACACGAGGGAUUUGGGACGAGUAUUAAUAUAUAUUUAGGUUCACGGUGUGUUUUAAACCGGAAGAAAAAUGUGUAGUAAAUGUAAAUAGGGACACAAGGUGAUGGGUCGAAAUUGAGUGAUGGAUUUUUUUUUGUUUUUGUUUUUUUUGGAGUUUUCCCCCUUUUUCUCCCCAUUUGUACUUGGCCAAUUACCCUAUUUACCGUCCUGGUCACUGCUCCACCCCCUCUGCUGAUCCGGGGAGGGCUGCAGACUACCACAUGCCUCCUCCGAUACAUGCAGAGUCGCCAGCCGCUUCUUUUCACCUGACAGUGAGGAGUUUCACCAGGGGAACGUAGCACGUGGGAGGAUCACGCUAUUCCCCCCAGUUCCCCCUCCCCCCCGAACAGGCACCCCGACUGACUCGGGGAGGUGCUAGUGCAGCGACCAGGACACAUACCCACAUCCGGCUUCCCACCCGCAGACACGGCCAAUUGUACCUGUAGGGACGCCCGACCAAGCCGGAGGUAACGCGGGGAUUCGAACCGGCGAUCUCCGUGUUGGUAGGCAACGGAAGAGUGAAGGAUUUUUAUGAGGAGUUCUUUUUUUGUUGCUUUUGUUUAAAGGGGUAUUUCAAAUUUUCAGUAUCUGAUUUGACGUGUGACAUUAUUCGCCUAGACACAGAUUCAUCUCUAUUUUUUUUAUUUCUGAUUCAUCCUAAAUUGAAAUUCAGACCUGCCACAUUGGUAGUUGAUUUGUCACAGAUAUCGGCUGGCUGAGGCUGAGGGUACAGGGAUGCACUUUUUCACUUGAGCGUAGUCUAUUUGCACACUGGUAAUAAGCAUAGUGGUUACUAAAAGCUGCUUAAAGGUUUUUAUAUAGACACAAAAGUAAAAGUAUUGGUGCAAGCAAGUUAAAUAGCCUUCCAAACGCAGUACAAAAUGAUCUCAUCCCAAAAUAACAGAGAAAUAAACGACAGAGGUCGUGAUGACAAAGACACAAAUGGCGCUAACAUAAACUAAAACAAUGGCCACGUUUGUAAAACAAUUGGUUGUCUAAAAAUGUUGUCUAAAAAAAUGUUUGAGUGAAAAGUUGAAAUGUGAGAGAAGUAAAGGGAUUCUUUUCUUUUCUGGCAAAUUAUUUUAUAAUGGAUGACAAAUAAGACUUAGGGCAUGUUAUUAACGCCCAAAUUAGCUGACACACUCAUGCAUAGUUCAUACAAUACAUUUUUAUCUAAAUAUGAAGAGUUCGGCUCCAAAAUGGGAUGUCCCAUUUAGAAAAAAAUGUGAUCACUUUCUUACAACUGAUUAAUGGGACAAAAUGGAAACACAUGCUGAUAUAGGUAACUUAAGUCCUUGGUUAAAACAGUUUUAACUCUUAUCAUACUUGAUUUUUUUCCCUACAAAAUGGACAUAUGUUUUGGAGAGGAACUCUUCCGUAGCCAAUACUAUCCUUAAACCCAAACACACACACACACUAAGGUUGUGGGGCAUCUUUUCUUGUGAUUAACUGUAUAUAUUUAUGGACGUAUAUUAUUUUGUUCUGUACAUAAUUACCAGAGCUCUAGCUCCACCUAGUGGCUAAUUAACAUGUACUAGCUGACUGUGAAGCGUCCUGUUGCACUACAUUGUACUGAUGUACGUACUGUGUCUUGAUCAAUGCUAUACUGGAAUUUGUAUUGUUAUGUAUUUUUGUACAUUGUGAAACUAAAACAGAACUUUUAACAAGUGCCUUGGGGGCAGAUUUUUGUUAAGUGCUCAUCUAUGGUUGUUGCAAUGAUUGGAUGGCUGCAUGUCUGCAUGACUUGUGUUAUGAGAUGGUUGUUGUUGUUUUUUUAUUGUUAAUAAUAACAAUAAUCAUUAUCAUCCAUCCAUUAUCCAAACCGCUCAUCCUGCUCUCAGGGUCACAGGGAUGCUGGAGUCUAUCCCAACAGUCAUUUGACAACAGGCAGGGAGACACUCUGGACAGACCGACAGUCCAUCACAGCCCCCACACACACACACAUUCACACCUAGGGACAAUUUACUGCGGCCGAGUCACCUGACCUACAUGUCUUCGGACUGUGGGAGGAAACCGGAGCACCUGGAAGAAACCCACGCAGACACGGAGAGAACCUGCAAACUCCACACAGAGGACGACCCUCAAGGUUGGACGACCCUCAAGGUUGGACAACCCCAGGGCUCGAACCCAGGACUUUCUUGCUGUGAGGCAACCAUGCUAAACACUGCACCACCGUGCCGCCAAUAAUAAUAAUUAAUAGUAAUGUACAUUCUUAAAGUGAUAUUUAAAUAAAUGUAGGUUCUUGUUGGGCCAUUUGGUGUAAACAGUUGUAUAACAAUAUACCAAAUAGGCCUAAUUCUCAGUGUUCAAUACAACCUACAAAGUGAUCACCAGUCAGAUGAGAAAAUCAAAGCAGCUAGUUUUAACUUGGCGCUAUUUCUUUCGUAUUCACUCUGGUAAAACCAACUUGUUUAAAGUACACCUAUGCAAAUGAUACAUUUUGAAAUUCUUUUAUAAUUAUGUGCAAAUACUUCUUGACCCAGUAGCUACACUUUCCAUGUGACCGUCUCCACACUGCUUCACAUUAAGAGCAAAACGAGGUCAAGAUUGUUGUACGGAGAGAAAAAAAAACAAGUUAGCUUAUCUUGACAAUGCAAACAAGAGGAUGGGAGUGUAAAUGAAAUGUUCGGGUUUUCAAGGAUACACCCAAGUGAAGACUAAU